CUGAUUUAUGUUGGAGAGAGUUGGAAUGGGGAGGAUCCCCAGUUUCUCCGCCACCUUGGGUUUCUAUCGUGUUGUUCUAGAAAAGUGUUUGGGAUAGGUGUUCCAGAUACUUCUUCUGAGACUUCGCGUACCCAAAACGCAUCCAUGGAAUGGACGAAGAAGGCACUAGUCGUAUUCCAUAUAUGAUCUAUUUGCGUUUCAAAAUCUAGACUUCCGGGGACUCCGUUAUAUUCGAACUUCACUUCAAUCUUGCCAUUCCACACGUAAGAUUACGCGUCAAUUGAAAGAAGAUAUAUUGAUUCUUAUUCUCAAAAGUAUGUCCAGAUGAUGAUACCAUUCAUACAAUCAAAGUCCUUACGAAGUCCAGACCAGUCUAUAAGAUGUCUUCGCCUAUCAACGUCAUCACUCACCAACUUGCCUUAGAACAGCAUAUCAAAACAUCUUUCCGUCCCAAAGAAGAUCUAACGACGUACUUAAGGUGGAAACAAGAUGCCUUCAGAAAGCUGGAGACAUUCCUCUCAACUUUUGAAAUCGAGGUAUUCCACCAAAGACGAUUAAGCUGGAUACGAACGGAGUCUCAAUCUCAUGACUUGGAAAGGUUGUGCGUCGGAGUGAUUUCCCGACUGAGAAUUGCAAUUCAGAAAACCCGACAGCUACAAUAUUGGGCCUCUGGAGAAAUUUACAGUGCUAGAGACCAGAGAACGGGGAUGAACUUGGCACUUCAAGCAUCAAGAGCUAUACGUCUCACCUUUCAGGAAUUCGAAGUUGUCUCCGGCAACCAUGAACUUCUAGAAGAUCCAAAUAACAACAUGGUAAUCAAGUACCUGGAAAAAGUGCUGAAUUUAUCAUUUGUCCUUGGCCGACUCGUUGGCUUCGAGUCCUGGUACGAUUGCUUGGACGAGGACAUGGGCCCGAAUCUGGAUACAUUUAUUUUUGAUUCGCUAAAUGAUUAUCGAAAGAGAUCCAAUACGUCACUUGCAGGUGUGAUAGCGGACCACCGAGAGGUGCCUCGCUCCUUCUUGCCAGUGGAACCUCAGCGGCCAAUUGUAUAUCGGAGUCCUUAUCCUUAUGGGGCGGCGGUAUUGUGGAAUGUUCCUGAUUGAGUGGUGAGUGGGCCUUUACUUGAUUUAAUGGUGUGACUUUUAUUCGAUUUUAGCUGAUGUUUUGAUAGACAACUGUUUCUCAAAAAAAUCCAUCUUUCCUUAGAGUGGUGCCCACUUCGAGCCAAAGUACACGAUGCUCUGUGUUUGGACAAUUGUACGAGUAUAUUUCAAUUUGAGUGUGUCAUUCAAUGGAAUGGAAGAGUAAAGGAUGCAUGAGAUUUCUAUGGAACGAUGUACCCAGCGCCCACAAAAAGAUUAUACGUUCUAGCUGCAAAAACGUUGUGCAAUAAACCGAUCCCGGAACAUUUGAAUACAAAGUAGUUCAACG